AUGGCGGACGACUCAGCUCUUCUCAUGAUGGCCAAGGUCUUGGAGGCUCAAAGGCCCAAGGCACACGAGAUGAAAGAGGCUCCUGCAUUUUACCAGAAAAUGGAGAAAGUCCUAGACAAGCGCCGCAAGGACCAGACAAUGCUGACUCUGCUUCCCGCCCGCCCAGUGGUGGACUUCUCUUCCUGUGACAUUUUGUCGCUGUCCAAUGGCUCUCGCCUCAUGGAUGGAAACCAUGCGUAUGUCGAGGAGCUGGAACAGGAGAUCGCAGAGUUCCACGGCGCAAAGACUAGUCUUUUCUUUGACAGCGGUUUUGAUGCCAACACCGCCAUCUUCUCGGUUAUUCCUCAGCCAGGGGAUGUCAUUGUCUUCGACGAACUCGUGCACGGCAGCAUCCACGAGGGGAUGCGGACCUGUCGUGCGAUGGCGCGCAGGCCUUUCCGACAUAAUGAUGUACAGUCGUUCCGUGAGGUCCUUACUCUCUUUCAUGGGACUCUACCGUCUAUCUCCUCCGGAACAUCCACGGUUCUUGUAGCCAUCGAAUCGGUGUAUAGUAUGGACGGAGAUGUCGCCCCGGUGGAAGACCUGCUCCAGGCUGCAAAGGAGAUCCUUCCUCUUGGAAACUUCCAAUUUUUUAUUGAUGAAGCACAUAGUACUGGUUUAAUGGGGCCUCAAGGGAGAGGCCUUGUCUGCGCGUUGAAGCUGGAGGAGAGUUUUGCUAUCCGAUUACAUCCCUUCAGCAAGGCCUUGGGAUCUCAUGGAGCGGUUGUUCUAUGUGACCAAACGAUCAAAGACAUGCCCCUCAACUUCGCCCGCUGUCUGAUCUUUUCGACGGCCCCCUCAUUCCCAGCUUUGGCCGUCAAAGAAGGAUACACACUGCUCAAAUCUAGCCUGGGUCUAACGAGGCAAAAGUGUAUCCAAUCUCUUGUGAGAUAUUUCUUCAAAAAUAUUCUUGCCCACCCAAGCUACAUUCGUGCCGAAGCAGCCGGGAUUCUGACUAUCCCAUUGGCCAAGGACUGGGAACAGCGACAGCCCCUCACACACAUUGUUCCCAUCAAUCACCGCGGCCUUGAGAAUCAUCUGCUCUCCGCUCAUUGCCAUUUUGCUGGCUACUGUGUCUGGCCUAUCGACUAUCCAGUCGUUCCAAAGGGACAUGGCAGAACGCGCGUUAUCUUCCACGCAGAUAACACGUUCGAGCAGGUCGAGCGCUUGAUUGGAUUGAUUACGGAAUGGGCCGAGCUCAUGUUGACGAGUGAGGAACGUGGUGCGGAACCCCUCAUGGCUGCAUCUGCAUCAGAGGGUGUCAAUAUGGAUUGGCUCACUCCUGUAGUUACGAGUGCAAGCUCGACUAUGGAUGAGGGUAUCGUCUACGCGAGGGAGGUGGAAGUUGCAUGA